AUGUAUCACUCCUCUGGUCACGGUCGUGGAGCUGAGCAGGCUCCCCUUCUCCGACCUACAAUCGUUACCAUCCAAUCUCAUCAUCCUCCCCGUCGUCGUCACAAGCGGAACGGUAGACACCCUGUACCCGUAUUCUCUAUCAUAUUCACCCUUAUCCUUCUUCUCAUAGUCGCCUUCCUAGCAUGGGAUGUAUCUUCCUACGGGCACUGCUACGUCACACCUCUAUGUAAAGCUUUAAGCGGUCGAAAUGGAUUAGAGCAGACGUGGUGGAGGAAUCAAGGACCUUAUGCUCCUUUUCGACCACUAGGACCUGGAGGUGGGAACAAGGACCUGCCGAAAGGAUGUGAGAUAUCGCAGGUCACCGUCCUACACAGGCAUGCCGCUAGGUAUCCUACUUCCAGCGUUGGGGAAUGUCUACUAUCAGCUAUGAAGAAGCUCGAGAACCGAGACGUUCAGAUGCCAAGAAGGCAUCCCGAACUUGCUUUCUUAACCAAAGCGGAUCUAAAGUUGAAAGAUUGGGAUUUCGAUGGAUUGACAGAUCAAGGUAGAAAACAAUCAUGGAUAUCUGGAAGGCAAGUCAAGCAGAUGUACGGCUCGUUCUUGCGAAACGCAGAAGGUGUCUUUACUAGGUCUUCUGGUGGUGAAAGAGUAGUUGAGACUUCGGGAUAUUGGCUUGAGGGCUUCAGAGGCGAAAGAUUCAAGUUGCGAGAUGUGUCUAAACUACCCAAAGUCGACUUGGUCAUUCCUGAAGGAGAGGCAUUUAACAACACACUAUCAGUACAUUCAUGUCCAGCGUUCCAGAACCUUUCUCCCAAACCUAGCGAGCUCAGGUUUACAGACUUAUCACCACUUCUCGAGCCUACGUUGAAUCGAUUAAAUGCGGUGCUGAAGCCUCGGCCGGCACUUGAUACGGAUGAUCUAGUGUGUCUGGCAGAUAUGUGUGGCUAUGAUUCUCAGAGCAAGGGUACAGAAUGGGAAGGCUGGUCGAAAUGGUGUGGUAUCUUUACGAAGGAAGAAUGGGAAAUCUUCGGCCACGGCAAAGAUCUGAAAAGAUGGUAUGAUCUCGGUGAAACGAGUCGAUACGGGCCUACGAUGGGGGCUGGAUAUGUGAAUGAGCUCCUCGCUAGAUUGACAGACUCGGAUGUCAUCGACAACACCACAACGAAUCAUACCCUAGAUUCUGAUGAGAGGACCUUCCCGAAGGGUGGCAAACGUUUCUUCGUAGAUUUUGGACAUGACAACGAGAUAUUGGAAACAAUCUCAGCUUUGGGAUUAUUGACACAACACCGUCCUUUGCCCACCACCUCAGUACCUCCUAAACGAACUUAUAUACUAUCCCGGAUUGUACCCUUCGGAGCUCGAAUCGCGUUUGAGAGAGUGUCAUGUAAGAUGGGCAAUUGGGAGCCCGAUCCAGAAGCUGGAAGUCCAUUGAGGGACGAUCAAGGUAAUGAUGGUAAGAGGGACUAUAUUAGAAUUCUGAUCAACGAUAAGAUCGAAUCUGGUAAUCAUCCGUCAUGCGAAUUUUCAGGAUUAGCCAAUUUCGGUCUAUGUGAAUUGGAUUCGUUUGUGGAUAGUCAGCAAUUUGCAAGGCAAGAUGUGGAUUGGUCAAUCUGUUAUGAGGAAGAUGACGAAAAUGACGAAAAUGAGAGGGGUUGA